AUGAAGUCCUGCAAGCCCAGUAACCCCGCGACCGGGGCGCGUGCCGCGCCCCCGUGCGCUGGCGGCACGGAGUGCGCGGGCACGUGCGCCGGGGCCGGCCGGCUGGAGAGCGCAGCGCGCAGGCGCCUGGCGGCCAACGCGCGGGAGCGCCGCCGCAUGCAGGGGCUCAACACUGCUUUCGAUCGCCUGCGCAGGGUGGUACCUCAGUGGGGCCAGGAUAAAAAGCUGUCCAAGUAUGAGACCCUGCAGAUGGCGCUGAGUUACAUCAUGGCUCUGACGCGCAUCCUGGCUGAGGCCGAGCGAUUCGGCUCGGAGCGGGACUGGGUCAAUCUCCACUGCGAGCACUUCGGCCGCGACCACUACCUCCCGUUUGCGGGCGCGAAACUGCCAGGGGAGAGCGAGCCCUAUGGCCAGAGGCUCUUCGGGUUCCAGCCAGAACCCUUCCAGAUGGCCAGUUAGGGCGCGCGGCCCAGCUGGGGAUGUGGGGGCGAGGAAUGCCCAGGGAUCCAGCUUCGGAGCCGCACCCCUUUUCCCAGCGUCUGCAGGGGCUUUCGGUGGCCAAGGAUGCUUUCUUAGAAAAUUAGCAAACUUUCAGGUUACUUUUAUUCGCAUCACUAGUCAGUCUAUGGACAAAAUAAUAUUACUGCCUGUCUUUUUCCCUUCUUAUCAGUAUUUUCAGAAUUCAUUGAUGGAUCUUAUGAAUGGUUUUGAUUGCUGUGAAAAUAAUUCCCCUUCUCCCUUUUCUGGACUAGUUUGAGGGAAAACAGUCAUAAGAAAAGAUAGAAUUAGGCUAUACUGCAGUUUUAGUCCUCAGAGAAAUAAUCACUUGCUUAAACUUUGUAAGUUUGUCCUAUUCAGACGAAGUUACAGUAUCCAUUCCUUGUGUAUAGUAAAACAGAG